UUCCGGAACAGUGAACAUCUAUUUUCUUCGCCACAGCGUUUACAAGGAAAUUUUGAGUUCUGAUGUUUUCGUGACUUAAAUAUCUGGACUCAGAUAGGAAGCGCCAGUUAUUAAGGAUGCUAGUGUUGCACAGAAAUAGGCUAAAAUUAUAUUUUUUCUGCUUAGCUGUAUUUUAAAAGAGUGAUGAUACUGACCAGCACUAAGAUAAACAAAACAGUGUUUCGAUCUUCCUGUCUUCAGCUGUUUUAAGUGAAAAGUUAACUUGUAAAUGCUGUUUGCGACGAUGGAGAUCUGCAAAUUUAGGGUGCCGAGGCUAUGAGAGUCCCCGAGACGGAAGGCAGCUGCGGACCCCCCACGAGCCACAUCCCCGAGGCCAUGAAUUCGGUCUCUCCCAGCGCAGCGCAGUACAGGGCCGGGGCCCAGCAGGAGGAUCUGCUGCCCCCUGCUGGCAGGAGGCCGCCCCGUGACCCCAGGAACUACUUUGGGAACGACGAGCCGGAUGAGGUGGACCGCCUCAAAGCCAAGCUGAUGUCCGCCUGGAACAACGUCAAGUACGGGUGGUCAGUCAAAAUGAAGACCAGCUUCAACAAGACCUCCCCCCUGAUCCUGCUGGGCCGGAUCUACGUGCUCAACGAUGAAGACGAGGUGGAGCGCUUCCAGCGGGACUUCGUGUCGCGGGUGUGGCUGACCUACCGGCGGGAGUUCCCGCAGCUGGAGGGCUCGGUGUGGACCACGGACUGCGGCUGGGGCUGCAUGCUGCGCAGCGGGCAGAUGCUGCUGGCCCAGGGCCUGCUGGCACACCUGCUGCCCUCAGAAUGGACGUGGCCGGGUGCCCAUCAGCUGGCGGACGUUGACAUGGAGGUGCUGAAGCCCCGCUCCCCCUCCCGCGGGGGGCUGUUUCCUGGCCCACCCCUCUCCCGGGCUCCCUGCCAGACUCCCCGGGGGCACGGCAGCGGCGUCGAGGGGUCAGGGAGGAGGGCCCCCCCGGGGCACAGUCAGGACCCGCAUUCUGAGGCUGUGCACCGCCGAGUGGUGUCCUGGUUCGGGGAUCACCCUCACGCCCCUUUCGGGGUGCACCAGCUGGUGGAGCUGGGCAAGAGCUCAGGGAAGAAGGCGGGGGACUGGUAUGGGCCCUCCAUUGUGGCACACAUCAUCUGCAAAGCUGUUGCAAACGCCACAGAUAUCCGAAAUCUGGCGGUGUAUGUAUCUCAGGACUGUACUGUGUACAAGGGCGACGUGGCGAGGCUGUGUGAGCAGGGCGUGACGGAGGGCUUGUCUGCACCCAGCCCCAGCUGGAAGUCGGUCAUCAUCCUGGUUCCUGUCCGCCUGGGGGGUGAGACUCUCAACCCAGUCUACACGGAGUGCGUCAAGAGCAUUCUCAGUUUAGACUGCUGUAUUGGAAUCAUUGGGGGGAAGCCCAAACACUCCCUCUACUUCAUUGGGUUCCAAGAUGAGCAGUUGCUGUAUUUGGACCCACACUACUGUCAAGCUGUGGUGGACGUCACUAGAGACCACUUCCCACUGGAGUCGUUUCACUGUAACUCCCCGCGGAAGAUGAGCUUCAGCCGAAUGGACCCCAGCUGUACCAUAGGCUUCUACGCCAGGAGCAGGAAGGACUUCGAGACUCUGUGUUCGGCUGUCACGGCUGCGCUGGCUUCCUCCCCCAUGGAGAAGUACCCCAUCUUCACCUUUGCGGAGGGGCAGAGCCAGGACUACGUGCUGGGAGAGCACGCUGGAAUGCCCUCUGCGCACCGGGGCUGCAUCCUGCCCGCGGGACACCUGUCCAGGACGCACGGGGGCAGCAUGGAUGACUUUGUCUUGUUGUGACCUCGCGGGGCGACCGCCAAGGAGCCGCCCUCACCCCCUGCUCUUCAGAUAAUGUGGCCCACGGGGGCCGGCAGUCUCCUUCGGCCUCCUGUCCGUCUGCAAGCCGGUGGACUGGACAAGGAGACCUUUCCUGGGUCUUAAUCGGCGGCUCAUUGAGACGCACAUGUGCGAUUCUUCCAGAUGUUACAGCUCGCGAGGACUGGAGUCGCUAAUCCUGGUUUUAGGGUCUUUUGUUUUUUUUGUUUUUAAUCGGCAACUUGAAAGGGUUGUACCCCUUUAAGUAGCCCAGCGUCCUACUUAUCCAUGCCAUUGCAAGACUUUGAUCCCUCCCUUGUUAAUUGAAGCGGUCCUGAAUGAACUGACCCCUUUGCUGACUACUCUUAAGUUAAGGAUCGUGUGGAAUAAGUACUUGUAACUGCAUGGAGUGGAAGAACUGCUGGCUGUCUACAUUUGUCCACUCUGCUGUUGAUUUCUCAUGUGAUCGUGUGCUCUGUACCACACGGCUGGUACCCAAAUAGUUCCGGUGCUCUCAAUUGCUGCAUUGUUCUGUGGCCUACAGUGCCAGUUUGCAGUCACAAACUCUAGUUAGCUCACGUUAACACUAGCAGGAAAUGUUAAAUGACUUCCUCAGUUGUACAGUCUAGAAGAUGGGAGUCUAGAUUUUGUUUUGCAUCUUUUGGUGGUGUUUUUUUAUUUAUUUUAUUUCUUCAAAACAAAUUGUUCCGGGGAUAUGCUGGGCAGGUGCAGACGGCUGAGUUGGAAAUGGGAACAACCUGUUCUGAAAGAAGGGAAGUUGUUCCAGAGUUGGGUUAGCGCUGAGCCCUGGGUAUGCAAAUCUAGCCGGCUUUCUUUUUUAAAGACGUUUUUACAAUCGGACAAAGUUCUUUCGUUUAGUAUGUGAUUAUAUUUAUAAAACGGCAAAGGAGUUUUUAGUGAUUGAAGAUUGUCUUCUCGAAGUGCUCCCCCUCUUGGAAGGUGAAUUCUGCAUUGCACAGCUCUGUUUAACACUGAUGCUUGAAAAGGUUCUGCACACGCCCUUUGUGAGUAAAACCAAGUAACUCGUAGGCUCACGUUAGCAAAGUGACCUUUAGGCUUAUAGUAAUAGGGCAAAAGAUCUCAACAGUCACUGCUCCUCUCUGUGUGCUGUGAACAGAGGCCUUACCUGAAAUUCAUCUGCAAGCCAAAGUAUCGAAGUGUGUUAUCUAAGCAGAGAGUGGAGGAUGCUGUUAAACUUGUCAUCUUUUCAGGAAGUCGGUUCUUUCCUGCAUGGUAAGCGCAAAUAAUGGGGCGAAUUAGCCAUGGGGUUAAGCAUUCCUCUCUUCAGGUAGAAAACAGGCCCACCUGUGUCGGCAAGGCCCCAGUCCAGAAGACUCCUCUAAUCUUUCCCAAAUCCUCAGAGCCACUAAAGCCUGUUGCUGUGGGUCUUCAGCUGGUCCUGUCCUGGAGGACAGGCACAUAUUAGAUCUUAUAGCUUUCUUUAGAGCGCUGGCUCUUUAAGGGCUGCUGAAAGGUACUGCACUGCUGUAAUUCAGUUGGCUCAAGAACUGAGUGGGAAAACAUGCAGACCUAUCGAAUUGGAAUGGGGGACCCCAAACUGAAUGGUGUGGCAGAUUGUGGCCUUUUAAGGAUCCUAGUGCUGACUCCUGGCUCGUACAGCUGUAACACAUGUUCCUCUGGCUUCUGCAUUGUGGGAUUAUGCCCUGAUCGGAUACCCAUGUUGAAUAUGUCGAGUCUAGGAAGAACAUCCUACCUCUCGGGCUAAACGAAACUGCCAUCGCAAAUACAGCCUGAUGUUUAUAUUUGCAGGUCGUGUUCGGACUUCUGUCCAGUCAAGCACCUUCCAUGUGAAUCUGGCCACACAGGUCUUCCCCACUGGGUUUUCAUCACAAAUUGCACUCGGGUAAUUUUGUUUCUGUGCUGGAUAGUGGCCUGAUUCACCACGUUGAAGUGCUGAAUUACACUUCAGGCAACAGAGCAGUACAGCAGUAGUCCCUCCUCUCUGCAGGCACUGUCCCCCUCUGGGUCAGUUUCGCCCGCCGCCGCCCACGUCUGGAUUUCAGCGGUCGUCUUUGUCUAGUAGCCUGCGCUUUCAGGUUUACACCAGCAAGUUGAGCAGCAUGUUCAGAUCCGUCCCUCUCCCAGUCAGUGUUUGUACUGUUUCCAUCAUGGCCGGAAGUGCUGCGUGUUCUGCUUUGAUGGGUGCCAACGGAGAGCUUUGUGAUUUCUUUCUACAUCCCUAGCUCUUUGACACCUUCUCCUUGAUCCCCCGCCCUUCUGGUUUUAAGAGUUAAAUCAGUUUUUAUCGGCAUCUUUCUGACUGGUCUUGGCACACAAACUUGAGGGGGUGGGUGGUUAAGUCGCCCCGUCUUCAUAGCUACACAGUCUGGGCUGGCUCUGUCAGGCAUUGUCUGUGUAGUGUGGAGUUGAGGCCUUUCUAAUAUACAGCCCUGAACCUUAUGUGCGAAGUCAGCAUUAGCCUUCCUAUGAAAGGUUAUUCAUCUGACGCGGCCCAUCUUUCGGUGGACAGGACGGCUCUGCUCAUGCCACUGACUUGAAAGUGACAGUGGAUCCAGGCCUAGGUGGUCGUAUGCAUCAGUGCUUUGCUAGCAUGCGCUCUCCUGCCAGGAAAAACCAAAAAUCACUACUGCAGGGUUGAAGUACAGGUGCUGAGCUCCCAUAGCUUUGCCUUUUCCCGGUCAUAGAAAAGCUCUGGUUCGAGUACCAUGAUGCCUGCAGUUACUAUGCACCAUUAAUUUAUUGGGCCUAAAAUAUUUGGGACAAAGGAGCAACCGAAAGACCACUGUUGAGGACCAUAGCAAAUCGGUGCUAAUGUAACGCUUGGCCACAUCUGUUUGCUUUCUUUUCCUAGCACCCAUGUUUCUGGAGUCUAUUGUUUCUUCCCUCUGCAUAGUGGAGAAAGAUCUAAGAUGUAAUUCCAGCCACAAACCCACACAACAGGCCAUGCACAACCCGAUCGUCACGCCCGACUUUGUAUCGGGAGUAUAGUUCUUGAUGCGUAUCUACUGUGUAAAUUAUCUGACUCCAGUGUUGGACCCCUGCUGUGUGAUGCAGUUUUCUACCUGGGGAUUGUACAUUUAAAAAAAAAAAAACUUUAUAUGUACUGUGUAUAUUUAAACACUUCCGUUUAAUUCAAUGUUUAAAGUUAGGAACAUUUUUUUUUUCCAAACAAAAUCAUCAGGUCUAGUUCUCCUUGCAUUCAGAUUUAUUGUACUUAAAAAGAUUCUGAAAGCAAACUAAUCCUCUUCCUGUGUCUUUCCACGGAAGAGUUUGCACAAAACAUGCUGAAAAACAAUAAAUUGUUUUUUAAAAGAAGAAAGAAAUUUA